AUGUGUUGCUGUAAUAAAAUAAAGCGAAAAAUAUGCUAGAUUGCUCUUGCUAUAGCUAGUGGAUUAGUAUUGCUGAUGGGCAUUGUUAUUGUUGUGCUUGCUGCAAAAGUGAGAUAGGCAGAUAUAUUUGAAAGUUCAGAUGAUGAUAUAAAGAAAACAGGUAGAAAUGCAUUUUAUUUAAUGAUGAUCUUUGCUUGCUUUGGGCUUGGACUUGGAGCCUUAGGAUUUGUAACAGCCAAAUGGCCUAAAUGGUAACUUGUGGGCUGUUACUCUUUCUGGUCAUUUUCAAUCUUUGGCAUCUAUUUAGCUGCUGCAAUUAUCCUAUUCGGAGUUUAGACCUAUAUGGAUACGCUAUUGAAGGAUUACUGCAAGGAUUCUAAAAUUGAUAGCUUAUUGGGAACAAGCUCUAUUUCUAAAUCUCUAAGAGAUGUAGAUAGAGUUUCAGUAGCAUAUUCAAGCAAGUACAUGUGCACUAGAGUUUGCCCAUGCAGCACUAAUAUAUCUCUUCCAUAUUGGUUUGAAACUCCUCAGAGAUUAGCUGACUAUAACAGAACUGCUCAAACUGAGGUUCACAAUGCUUCUAUAAAAUAUAAUUCUACUUAUAAGGGUUUCACCCUUACAAGCAACACUACUGAUGCAUAUACCUUCUUUUUCGAAUGCUACGAUGAUAUCAUUACUGAUUAAAAUGGAAAUGUCUCAUAGAUAGCUGAAAAGUUAGAUGAUAUAGGAGAUAGUGUAGUCAACUUCCUUUAAGACAUGGAAAUGGAUUUUGCUUGUAACGGUAUCUGUAAACCAGGUCUAUUCUGGAUGUUUAGAGAUGUAAAUACUAUCCCACCUACUUCCAACUGCUAAGAGGGAAUAAAGGAUUCAUUCUAAGAGUAUUCAACUAGUAUCGCUGCAGCUUUAAUGAUAAGCUUCUUCGUUACAGCACUAGCCUUCGGAAUAAACUACGGUCUCUGGAGAAGAAAGAGCAAGUGA